AUCCUUCUGCCUCAACCCUCCCUAAAAGCCUCACCUUUGUAUGAAUUUGCUCUUCCGCUGAUUCAAUUCUGCAAAUGGGUUCCAUCAAUUCACUCUCUUUGAGCUCCCAAUCGAAUCGCUUCCAUCAUCCCAAGCUCCUGAAACCGCCAUUCCCGAGUUCUCCUCAGUUCCUGAGACCACCAAAGCCCCAGCCAUGUCCAAUGGGGAGAAUUCACCUCGCUGCUCACUCAUCUCAAGCACCCACCUCCACUUCCUCGGCCGUUAGGGAGCUCUCCAAGUCCCUAAAGAAAGCUGCAAUUUUGCUUGUUGGGUCAUUCAUCUUCGUCGGGUUCGUCAAUCAGAGGCCGAGAAUUGCAUUUGCAGCACCGACCCACGAGGAGAGUGAGCGAGAGGAGAUGUUUGAGAAGCUCCUGGAGGAGGAUUCCACCAAUGUGGGGGCUCUGAAGGUGGUCCUGCACGGGAAGAUGAGGAGAGGGAAGACGAAGGAGGCCGUCAAGUAUGUGGAGAAGCUGAUCGAUGCCGAGCCGUUUGAAGUUGAGUGGAGGCUGUUGCAAGCUCUCUGUUAUGAGACAAUGGGGCAGCUCAGUACUGCCAAGAGACUGCUCAAGGAAAUCUUGGAGGAGAAGCCCCUUCUUCUUCGGGCUUUGCACGGUUUGGCAAUGGUGAUGCAUAAGAACAAUGAGGGCCCAGCUGUCUUUGAGAUGCUAUAUAAAGCUCUAGAACUAGCUUGUCGUGAAAAUAGGGUCACUGAGGAGAGGAACAUUAGAAUCUUGAUUGCUCAGAUGCUUGUGGUAAAGGGAGAUUUGGAUGGGGGUUUGAAGAAGUUUCAAGACCUUGUUCGUGACGAUCCUCGAGAUUUCCGGCCUUAUCUUUGUCAGGGUAUUAUAUACAGCCUAUUGGACAAGAAGAAGGAUGCUCAAGAACAAUUUGAGACAUAUCAGACCCUUGUACCUAGGGAAUUCCCACAGAGAGAUUUCCUUGACGACGUUGUACUGGAAGCAAAAUCAAAAUCUAGGGCACAAUUCCAGAAAGAAUUCAUUUCGGAGUUUCCAAACAGGAAAGCAUGAGACCUCCAUACUUGUUGGUGCCCUUGAUGGCCGGAAGAACCUCAGAUGUGAGAUCUGGAACGGGUAUAAAUCCACUCCCUGCUGCCUCUGGCGAAGCAGGCAGUCCUAGGAAAAUUUUCGUGGCUGGAAUGCUUGA